AGCCAGCGACGGGGUGGGGAGGGAGUGUGCAAGUCCAGGAGAAGGAGCCUAUUUUGGCUCGAAUGGGAGAGCGCUUUUGAUACUGGGGAAGGCGUGGAAAACCGGGGUGUUUGUGGGUUUCGGGGAAAGAGCAUCCAUCCAACUCGGGGUGGCCACAACGCAGGCAGCGCAGCCAGUCUUUGGCGGGGGGUGGGGGGUUCUCCAGGGAAGAGGCACUGUGUGAGUGAGUGACAGAGGGAGGAAAGACUAAGGCCAGGUCUGGGGCAUGCAGCGGAGAGAAAUCUGUGUCUCUGUGUGUGCGUGCAUACGAAGAAGUUGCCCGGCUCUGCGUUGGUGGGAGAGAGAGCGUUUUUGUCCCCCGCAUCGCUCUCAAGCAGCCUGUGGAUUGUAGAAGUUGUGCUGCCACCCAGGGCGGAGAUGGCCGUGCCCGCCAUGAGCCGGGGGGGUGCCUGCUCAACAUAGGCCCCCUGGCAGCUGCAGCCAGCCCUCCCUGGAUGCAGCCGGACCCCCUGCGGAAGGCGCAGCGACAGCCGUUGCUGCUGCUGGAGCGACCCCAGUCCCCAGCCAAGCUGGCACCAUGGCAGCGGAGGUCCGACUGAAGAGACUGGAGGAGCUGGUCCUCGACCCCAAUGUGGUGGGCUUGGAGAUGCUGGUGGACCUUCUGCUCUGCGUGCAUCAUGAGCUGAGCACAUCGCCCCUGGCCCCAGAGAAGUACAUCAUGGAGUUCCUGCAGUGGGCGGAGCCAGUAACCUCCAGGCUAAAACAGCUUCGGUUGCAGCGAGAUGACUUUGAGAUCCUAAAGGUGAUUGGCCGAGGAGCUUUCAGUGAGGUGGCAGUGGUGAAGCAGAAGAGGACCUCUCAGGUGUAUGCCAUGAAAAUAAUGAAUAAAUGGGACAUGUUGAAACGAGGAGAGGUUUCCUGCUUCAGGGAGGAGAGGGAUGUUCUGGUGAAUGGAGACAAGCGCUGGAUUACGCAGUUGCAUUUUGCUUUCCAAGAUGAGAAUUACCUGUACCUGGUGAUGGACUACUAUGUUGGUGGUGACCUCCUGACCCUGCUGAGCAAGUUUGGUGACCGCAUCCCUCUGGAGAUGGCCCGGUUCUACUUGGCUGAGAUGGUGAUGGCCAUCGACUCAAUACACAGCAUGGGUUAUGUGCACAGAGACAUCAAACCAGACAACAUCCUGCUUGAUCGAUGUGGGCACAUUCGGCUGGGCGAUUUUGGAUCCUGUCUCAAGCUUCGAGAAGAUGGGACGGUCUGUUCCACAGUGGCAGUGGGCACUCCGGAUUACCUCUCCCCUGAGAUCCUGCGAGCAGUGGAAGAUGGGGCUCAUUCCUAUGGCACGGAAUGCGAUUGGUGGUCUCUGGGCAUUUUUGCCUAUGAGAUGUUCUUUGGGCACACCCCCUUCUUUGCCGACUCUGUUGUGGAAACCUAUGGCAAGAUUAUGCACUUCAAGGAGCAUUUCCAGUUCCCCCUCUCGGCCCCAGAGAUCCCCCCGGAAGCCCAGGCCUUAAUCGAAGGGCUGAUCUGUCCUCGAGAGACACGGCUGGGAUGUAAUGGCGUCCGGGACUUCCAGGAACACCCCUUCUUCGCUGGCAUUGACUGGGAGGCCCUGCGGGACUGUGCCCCUUCCUUUGUGCCCGAGUUUGCCAACGCCAUGGACACGUGUAACUUCGACGUGGUGGACGACUGUCUCACCGACAUGGUGAGAGGGGGAGGGGAGACCCUGUCGGAUGUGAUCGAGACCUCUCCGCUCGGGGUGCACCUGCCCUUUGUGGGAUACUCCUACACUUACCCGGCUGUGAAACAGAAUGAUCCUGAGGAAAGUGACCGAGGUAACAUCGCCAUGGAUGUGGAUUGUGCUGGGAGGAUCUUAUCAGGGGAAGCAGAGAAAACCCCUCCCGAGGAGCUGGCCCGUAAACUGCCGGAUGGGCAGAAGCUGGACCUGUCCACUUUUCUAGAACUGCAGGCAGCCUUCGAGGAGGAACUGAAGAGUCGGGAAAUGCUGCGCCAAGAGCUCAGCAUGGUCAAGGUGGCCAAUCAGACUUUGGCCAGCCGGCUAAAGGACGCCGAGAGCCGAAACCUGGAACUGGAAGCUCAGAUCAGACGCCUGAAGGAGCAGACGGAAGGGGUGAAGCCGGCGGCUGAGGAGGCUGCUCUAGGGUGGAGCCCACCUUGGCCCCCUAACCACUCCCAGCCUUUCUUGUGCUGCGUGGAGCAGCCAGCCGAUGCGGCACCGUGGCAUCCCGGCUCUGUGAAUACCCGCUUGUGGUACCUCUGUACCGGCACUUGCUGCUCUUUUCCAGGGUACAUAGGCCCUGCAUCGUCAAUGUGGGAUACCUGCUCCUAUGCACUGGUGGGUUUGGACUGGAGGCCCCCACCCGGAGCUCAGUGGAAGCAGUUUGAACACUGACGGCGCAAGGGACAGUCGGUCACGUCAGCAGCUGUUCGGUCAAGUCUAACCUUGAGGAAAAGCCCCCUUAACUUAGGAUCCGCUUGGACAAAUUCUUGGGCCCAGAGGCGGUGAAGCCAGGUCGAGCUCCAGCUGCAGACGGCCCAGCUCAGCUUCACCUCUGCUUCUCUCCCAUUUGUUUCAAGAGAUAACCAUCCACCUUCUCUAAGCAGACCACUCCAAGGAGAAAGCCAGGAGGGAACAGGAAGAGCUGAAGGCACAAUCCAGGGAUCCUGCCUUCCAGCAUCCUUGCACCCUCUGUAUAUACCCCCCUACAGGAAACACGCCCAGCUCUGACGGCACUUCCCAAUGCAAGUGCAUCCCGUUCCCUAAAGGCUGUUAGGGGAUCCCAAGCGUCGAGACUAAGCUGUGACGCAGAAGGCCCUUUGUUCUGGACACAUCUCCUCCCACCAGGCCGCUGCAAGCUGCUUCUGUUGCUGCAAAGGAUUUUGAGCUGGCAAGAUUCUUCCAGGGACUUUUGCCCGCCUGGCAAUGGCUGCUUCUGCACCUGACGCCCCUGGGGAAAUGAGGGUUAGAAGGGCCGGUGGCAGGAAAAGGGCAUCCAGAUCCUGCCCUGGUGGGCUUGUGAAGCCCGACUCCUAAGGGUUAGUCAAAUGGUUUGCUAGGCAAGCUGUAACCAGCGUGCUUCAGGGCCAGGAGUUUGACACUUGAAGGCUAGAGUGCUCCCUGGGAGAAAAAAGGGGCCCGCCUGUUUUUUCUGCAAGGCCUUAUGGGCCCCUUGGACUCUACAGGGGGGAUGCUAGUUUUAAACUGCCAGACAUGAUUUUUAUCAGCACUUCCCCACUUCUGGUACCGGAUGCUAAACCUGGCUCUCUAGCGCUCCACAGUUCCACCCACCCAUUCUUUGUCCGUUAUUUGAAAUGGCGGGGGUGGGGGGAGUGGCAGCCCCACAGGCUGGAGAGCCAGGCCUCCGGUCCCCCCGUUUUGAAGAGCGUAUGCAUGUCGAUAGAACAAGCACACAGAACCCCAAUCUGGCUUGCAGGGGCAAACUGCUAGUGUAGGGUUUUUCACUCAGCCCCUUGGCAUCUCUCACCCCCUCCCCAAUAUUUAUUAUUCCUCUUUGUGUAACCUGGUGCGUUGGCUGGAUGCAUGAAAACACUGUACAUUCUGACACUGUGAGCUGAGGAUGUUCCCUCCUUUGAGAGGUGUGUGAAUAAAGUCGGACUGUUCCGUG